AUGUCUUCCCUGUUCUAUCCGCUGGUCACAUUUGUUCUUCUGGUGGUCUGUGUAGCAUACUGGGGUAUCACAGCUCUAUAUUUGGCAACUGCAGGAGCACCAAUGUUUGUCAUAUCCGUUACAAACACCAGCACUCCUGGGUGUGGUAACAUAACAGCAAACGCAAGCUGUAACCCAACGACAUUUAACGGCACAGAAAGCUGCCCUGACGCCAAGUGCAUCUUCUACAAGUACCAAACAGAGGGCAUCAUCUUGACGAACAUCUUCAACUUGCAGAUCUAUAAUGUCUUUGGUUUCCUGUGGUGCAUUAAUUUUGUCAUUGCCCUGGGCCAGUGCGUCCUGGCUGGAGCAUUUGCCUCCUAUUACUGGGCAUUGCACAAACCUAGGGACAUCCCCUACUUCCCUGUAUCUGCUGCUUUCAUGAGAACACUAAGGUAUCAUACAGGAUCCCUGGCUUUUGGUUCCCUCAUCCUCACUAUUGUCCAGAUGAUCCGAAUCAUCCUCGAGUAUCUGGACCACAAGCUGAAAGGAGCGCAGAACCCGUGCACCCGAUUCCUCAUGUGCUGCCUGAAGUGUUGCUUCUGGUGUCUGGAGAAGUUCAUCAAAUUCCUAAAUCGCAAUGCAUACAUCAUGAUUGCAGUUUAUGGAAAGAACUUUUGUGUUUCUGCUAAGAACGCCUUCAAGCUGCUGAUGCGGAACAUUGUGAGGGUGGUUGUUCUGGACAAAGUGACCGACCUUCUCAUUUUCUUUGGGAAGCUGAUUGUUGUAGGAGGAGUCGGUGUCCUGGCAUUUUUCUUCUUCUCUGGUCAACUGCCAAUUCCGAAUGAUGCCUUCAAGUCUCCAACUUUGAACUAUUACUGGAUACCAAUCUUGACGGUGGUCGUUGGCUCAUAUAUCAUUGCACAGGGUUUCUUUAGUGUGUACAACAUGUGUGUGGACACCCUCUUCCUCUGCUUCUUGGAAGAUUUAGAAAGGAACGAUGGCUCCGCAGAGAAGCCGUACUAUAUGCCUAAGUCUCUCAUGAAGAUCCUCAACAAGAAGAAUCGACCGCCUGAAGCCGAGGGGGGAAAGAAGAAGAAAUAA